AUGGCCGCCUCCACCAUGUCCGUCUGCUCUGACACCUGCACCAGCUCCUCCUGGCAAGUGGACGACUGUCCAGAGAGCUGCUGCGAGCCCUCCUGCUGCGCCCCCAGCUGCUGCCAGCCCAGCUGCUGCCAGUCCAGCUGCUGCCAACCCAGCUGUUGCCAGCCCAGCUGCUGUGCCCCCUGCCAGACCCUGGUCUGCACCCCGGUCAGCUGUGUGUCCAGCCCCUGCUGCCAACCCACCUGCACCAGCUCCUGCACGCCCUCGUGCUGCCAGCAGUCUUGCUGCCAGCCGGCCUGCUGCGUGCCCGUCUGCUGCAAGCCCGUCUGCUGUGUGCCCGUCUGCUGUGGGGCUUCCUCAUGCUGCCAGCCCUCUUGCUGCCAGCAGUCUAGCUGUGCGCCCUCUUGCUGCCAGUCCUCCCCCUGCCAGCCGUCCUGCGGUGUGCCCGUCUGCUGCAAGCCCGUCUGCUGUACCCCCGUCUGCUCUGGGUCCUCCCCUUGCUGCCAGUCCUCAUGCUGCCAGCCGUCCUGCUGUGUGCCCGUCUGCUGCAAGCCCUGCUCCAGCGUGUCCCUGCUCUGCCGCCCCGUGUGCAGACCCGCCUGCUGUGUGCCCACCUCCUCCUGCUGCGCCUCCUCCUGCCAGCCCAGCUGCUGCCGCCCGUCCUCCUGCGUGUCCCUGCUCUGCCGCCCCGCCUGCUCCCGCCAGGCCUGCUGUGGCCUCUGCUCGGGCCUGAAGUCCAGCUGCUGA